GAGAAGACACUGUACCUUUUAUGCACACAUAUCAAACAUGAACUUAAUCCUAAGAAUAAUUACCUGCUUAUAUUAAUGUCUUUUCUCCAGUUGACAUCAGAUUUAAAAAGGAGGUUGGCUCUUCAGCUGACCAGAGUUCAUGUCAAAGGUUAACAACCUGCUCUUGUUAGAUUGCCCCGGUGAACUCAUCUGUCACUGCGAGCGCUCAGGGAAAUGAAGUGGUUAAUGGAAUGAAAACAGGGAGAGGAUGUGACAGGAGAUCAGCAUUUAACAGCUGACUGGACCUGGAAAUGAGAGCGCUGCUAAAGUGAUUUAGUUAGCUGUGAUUUAGAACAAAACCAUUAGACUGGGGUGAAACGGAGAGUGUCUGCUGACUGUGGCAUUAAUACUGACACAGAUACAUACCUGUGACCUUUUUAAACUCACUGAUUAUUAGUCUGAUUUUACUAAACAUCCCUCAUGUCAAAUCAUGACAAUGAUUACGUGUGACCCAAAUGUGAUCUUAAAUGUAAGCACAAAAAAAGAGCACAUAAAAAGGGAACCAACAAUUACGUAUGCAUACUGCCCUUUGACCGCAGGUUAUAUUGUGAGAGUUAUAAAGAUGAGCAGUAGACAAGGCUGGUUACGGCUAGAAACAUGGAGUCCAGGACGCUGCUACAUGCAAGCCUAACUUUGUUAAUCCUCUUUACCAGCGGCAUCGGAGGACAAAUCGAAAAUGGCUCUCCUCUGAAAAUGGAUCAGGCUUUGCUCAUAUUUCAUAACCAGCUGACUGAAGAAGUGCAUGCUUCCUACACAUCAGAUUACUGCUACAAGUGUUUGUACCAACAUUUGGUCACAGUGAAACCCAACAACAAUAAUGCAUCUGCAAUAAUCAGCACCAAAUUUACUCUGACAGUACAAGUGGAAUCACAAACCAGGAAUGCAACCUUUUGCAGAUGGAGUCAAACGUAUGAGGAAGGUGGUCACUACUCUAUUUGGAUUUACACCCUAGAUGCAAAUAAUCGCAGCUGCACUAACAUUGUGGAUAAAAGACCAAACAAUGCCUAUCUGCCUAUUUUGGUGGCAGCACUCCUGCUGGCUGUAAUCGCUCUGUUAUUCGUUGUGAUACCCUACAUCUGCAGGAGGCGUUGUACAUCAAAAUUUAUAAAGACUAUUUGCUGCCAAGGCCCACAGCAUUCAGAAGAUAAUGAAGAAUCGCAUGCUAGUGAAACUGCGCACGGUACAGUUAAAGCUAAACCGACACGUCUGCUCUCCCUGGAUACUUUCCGAGGGUUUGCCCUGACUGUGAUGGUGUUUGUGAACUAUGGUGGUGGAGGCUACUGGUUCUUUCAGCACGCACCUUGGAACGGUCUAACUGUGGCGGAUCUUGUCAUGCCAUGGUUUGUGUUUGUAAUUGGGACCUCAGUGGUUUUGGCUUUCAGUUCCAUGCAGAGGAGAGGAGUUAGCCGCCUGCAGCUGCUACGAAAAAUCACCUGGAGAACAGUCGUCCUCUUGCUGCUUGGCUUCUGCUUUCUCAACUACUCUCCCAGAGACGGACCACUGUCCUGGUCCUGGCUGAGGAUCCCAGGAGUGCUGCAGCGUCUGGGCUUCACCUACUUUGUUCUGUCUCUCCUGCAGACUUUCUGGGGCCAGAAAGAAAUCCCACUGACUGCGUAUAACUGGUGGAACCCGGUCCAGGAUAUUCUCCUUUAUUGGCCACAGUGGCUGAUCAUCAUCCUGCUGGAGACUUUGUGGCUGUGCUUAACUUUCCUCAUGCCUGUUCCCAACUGCCCCACAGGGUAUUUAGGAGCCGGUGGAAUUGGCGAUAACGGGCUUUACCCAAACUGCACGGGAGGUGCAGCGGGAUACAUCGAUAGGUGGAUGUUUGGUGAUAACAUGUACAGAUACCCCACGUGCAAAGAAAUGUAUCGCACCACACAGCCCUUUGACCCAGAGGGGGUUCUGGGUACCAUCAACUCCAUUGUCAUUGGAUUUCUAGGGAUGCAGGCGGGGAAAAUUAUAAUUUUCUACAAAAAGAUGAAUAUCCACAUCCUGUGCCGAUUCCUAGUGUGGACCGUCAUCCUGGGAAUCUCUGCAGCCAUCCUUUCUAAGUGCACGCGAGACGGAGGAUUUAUACCUGUCAAUAAAAACCUUUGGUCGUUGUCCUAUAUCAUGUGUAUGGGCUGUUUGUCUUUCCUGCUGCUGGGAGGCAUGUUCUUUGUCGUCGAUAUCAAGGGCUGGUGGGGUGGACAGCCAUUCAUAUACCCAGGGAUGAACUCCAUCUUUGUGUAUGUUGGCCACUCUCUCCUGGGCUUCUACUUCCCUUUCAGCUGGGAAAUGCGCUUCCAGCAGAGCCACUGGGAGUGGCUCUUUCAAAGCCUGUGGGGGACUGCACUGUGGCUGCUCAUCGCCUACCUGCUCUACAGGAAGAAAUUCUUUCUCAAAAUAUAAGCAGGAUAAUCCAUCCCACUUCUGUAGAUUGUAUUAUUUUAUAUUUUCAUUUAAAGGCAGCCUCUAAAGCUAAUUUUAAACUUUUUUGUAUUUUACUUUACUAGAGUAUAUUAUAAUCCUUAUUUAUGUUAUACUGCAAUUUAGUACAACCCUUCAAUUGAUCCUUCCUUUAACUUUCUCCUGAUUGGCUGCUCUUUGUAAAUAGUAGGUGUGGACAGCUGGUGGGCGGAGCUUCCGUGCUCACAGCCAGAGCUGUGUGUGUCUCUCUGACAUCAUGCAGACCUGAUAAUGGAGAAAAACUAUCAGAAGCUCAGAAACAUUAGGAGCAGUCUGAAGCCUGGGCUUUUGGCUCAGGGAUGACGUGUAUGUAUGUUGACCUAAUAUAAUAUGAGCUACUAAAAUUAUGUUUUUCUUUUUAAAAGCACUCUUCUCUGUAAAUUAUAGAGUAUUAGAGCAUCUGUGGGAGUUUAAAAGAGUUUUUAAAAUGACCUGCUGGUCUAGGCUUAAUUAGUUUAGUUUGCUUUUCAUAGAUGCAAACUUACCAGACACAUGUUUUUUAUCAAAAGCAAGAAGCAAAGCAGUGUAAAAAAUGUGAAAACGGUUAUCGGUGAAACCCAUUAAAGCACUGUCCUGUUUCUAAAGAACAUGUCUGAUGAGCUGUCAGUGUGGGCAGCUAAGGAUUCGUUUGAUAACACUUGUUUUAUGCUCAGAAUAGAUUGAUUAAAUUAAAUAUAUUGAGGUGGUACUUAACAAAUUAGGCCAAGUGAUUCCACUACACACCAGGACAACCAUUAUGAGUCUGUUGCCAUGGCCACUCCUCCUGCGUGCAUGUGUGUCUCUGUGUGUACCAUCUGCUGUCCAAGUCACAGUACUAUAAUUGGGGUCAAGAUGCACACAGAGGGGUGUCAUUAAUGGGGCCAUCACCUUUUGCACUUAUUUCAUUAGAAAAAUCAGGGAAAUUACACAAAUCCAUUUCAUCAGACGAGCCCCUCUCAGAGACCCCGAGCCUUUUACAUGUGUUCUAGUUUGCACAUUUCACACUCCAAGCCUCUUACUUAGUGAAACAGGGUUCAUUCUCAGUAAUAGAUCAGAAUAUUUCCUCAUGACUGAUAAGCAGGUUGAAUGAUUUAUAUCUGUAUGUAUAAUGUAUAUGUGCCAUUAUUGAACGCACUCAGGUCAGUGUCCCUCAGCAUCAGGUCAGGUGGUGUGCAUCAUGAAAUGACCAUCUAGUUAAUGAAAUGAAACGGCAUCAAGCUCCUCUUCCUGAGUGAAAUCCUAUUACACACUCUCCAGAAGCAGUAAUAACAUUGUGUAAUAUGGUGUAGGGGUUUUUGGUAAUUGUCUUAUGAGCACAAGUUAUUUGAAUCCCAGAAGGUGCAUCUAGCCUUCCUGAACAAGACUCAAAUCCUUAAUUGCUUUCCAAACUAUGGUGCCAGCAAUGGAAAUGCACUGCUGAUUGGUCGAGAGAUGAAAAUGAAAUCGAUAUACACUCACCACACAGGUCUAAAGAUAUCUUUUGUGUUUUGCAUGCCAUGAGAAAGCUUUGUGUUUUAAUAGAAGCAUUUAGCUGACUCAUUCGGAGUAACAUCACGAGGAGGUUAAAACCUAUUACGUAUCAAAAGCUGCUGCUAAUAAAGA